AUGGCUUCAGUAACGGAUGCCAGAUACAGGCAAAAAGAUACUUCAGAUCAAAAUUUUGAUUACAUGUUCAAGCUCCUGAUCAUUGGCAACAGCAGCGUGGGUAAAACAUCCUUCCUCUUCAGAUACGCCGAUGACACUUUCACACAAGCCUUCGUUAGCACAGUGGGGAUUGACUUCAAAGUGAAAACAGUUUACAGGAAUGACAAGAGGGUGAAACUGCAGAUUUGGGAUACAGCUGGACAAGAAAGAUACAGGACCAUCACUACAGCUUACUACCGAGGAGCCAUGGGCUUCAUCCUCAUGUAUGAUAUCACCAGUGAAGACUCUUUCAAUGCAGUGCAGGACUGGGCCACACAAAUCAAGACGUACUCCUGGGACAAUGCACAAGUGAUCCUGGUUGGAAACAAAUGUGACAUGGAGGAUGAAAGAAUUGUUCCUGUGGAGAAGGGGAAGCAUCUGGCAGAUCAGCUAGGUUUUGACUAUUUUGAAGCUAGUGCCAAAGAAAACAUCAACGUAAGGCAGGUGUUUGAGCGUCUUGUGGAUAUAAUCUGUGAAAAGAUGUCGGAGAGCAUCGAGUCAGACUCUUCCAGGGGCACCUCAGGAAGGAGCAUGCGACUCACGGACACCCCACCCCCUUCCCAGCAGAACUGCUCGUGCUAGUGACCUUUCUCACUGAGAAAUGUCAUUCUCCUUUCCUGAAUAAAUUUUAUCUUUUCGUUUGUGGUGGUGACUUAUCACGUAGUCCAAAGGCAGAAGCCUCUGUUGUGGGAAAUUUGUGUUUGUUUGUGCUGAUGUGUUAAUAUUAUAUAUUUCCUCAUUCAAUAAUUUAAGCAAAAAUACAAAACCUGACUAAAUAUUUUAAGUCUUAAUGUGAGUUACACUGGAGAAAAAUGAUUGUAUAGUGUUGCAAAUGU